UUGAAUUUUGCAACAGCAUUGAGUUUUUCACAAUAUGUCAGCACUAAAUCUAACUGUUCGCGUUCAUCCCGUGGUGCUCUUCCAGGUGGUGGAUGCCUUUGAGAGGCGCAAUGCGGAGUCACACCGCGUCAUCGGUACUCUGCUGGGAUCCGUGGAGAAAGGUGUCGUCGAGGUGACCAAUUGCUUCUGUGUGCCGCACAAGGAACACGACGACCAGGUGGAGGCGGAGCUGAGCUAUGCCCUGGACAUGUACGACCUGAACAGGAAGGUGAACUCCAACGAGGCUGUUGUCGGCUGGUGGGCCACCGGCAAUGAUGUGACGAACCACAGUUCUGUCAUCCAUGAGUACUACGCCCGGGAGUGCAACAAUCCGGUCCAUCUCACCGUGGACACAUCCCUGCAGGGCGGACGCAUGGGCCUGCGGUCCUAUGUGUGCAUCCAGUUGGGCGUGCCCGGCGGCAAAACCGGCUGCAUGUUCACACCCAUUCCCGUGGAGUUGACCAGCUACGAGCCGGAGACCUUUGGUCUGAAGUUGCUGCAGAAGACGGUGGGCGUUGCCCCAGCCAACCGUCCAAAGACAGUGCCACCCAUGCUGGACCUGGCCCAAAUUUCUGAAGCCUCCACGAAGCUGCAAUCCCUGCUAGACCUCAUCCUGAAGUACGUUGACGAUGUUAUUGCUCACAAGGUGACGCCGGACAACGCUGUGGGCCGCCAGCUGCUCGACCUCAUCCACUCCGUGCCGCACAUGAGCCACGAGCAGUUCACCCAAAUGUUCAACGCCAAUGUACGCAACCUUCUGAUGGUCAUCACGCUUUCCCAGCUUAUCAAGACACAGCUGCAGCUCAACGAGAAGCUGACGUUUCUGCCCACAGCCUAGGGCGGCAGAUACCUGAGGGUGGCCUGAGGUUUCUUUUUAAGUCGAAAGCAGUGUAACAACAAAGUGUAUUGGAUUAUGUUUUUCUAUUUGAUGUAUGUAUCUAAGUAAUAAAGUGCUCGGAUCGCCAACAAAUAA